AUGGAUAAACUAAAUAAAUCACUUGAAUUUUUAAAAUUACUUUCAACAACAUCAUCAAAAACAUUAAUAAUCAAAGGUAACAAUGAAAAUUAUUUUAAAUUAGUUAAAGCUAGUGUGGAAACAUUAUUUACAACAUGUGAUGAAAAUGAUUAUAAUGUACGAUUGACUGCCGAAGAAAGUCUUAAUAAAUUUGUUCAAAAUUUAAAAGAAGCAGAUUUAACAAGAAUUCAAGUUGAAUUAUAUCGAAUUAUAAAACAUAAUCCUAAUGUUGAACCAAAUGCUUUAAAAGAUAUUACAUAUCUUUUAUCUUUAUGUGAACACGGUGAUCUACAUUUACGUGGUGCAUGUACAAAUUUACUUGUUACAUUAAUUCAAACAACAAUUCAUCUUUUAACACUAUCAUCAUUAUCAAAUUCAUUUAAUAAUUCUUUUUUUAAUCAAUGUUCACUUGUAUCAACUAAUUCACAAGACAGUUCAAGUCAUGCAUUUACAAUCAUAGAAAUUGAAUUAUUGAAAGAUUCUAUUCAACAUACUACAAGUUCCUAUUUUGCGCUAGCUCAACUUAUAGAUGAUAUUGAUUUUCGAAUAUUAACUUAUCUUGAACAACAACAAUUAAAACAACAGUAUCGUGAUAUACGUGUUCGUCAAGCAACUGCUUCGACUUUUGCUAAGUAUGUAUUUUGUAAAGAUAAUAAUUACAUAGCUUUUUUCGAAUUUGGAUGAAUAAGUCGAUUUUAUUGCAUUAAGUUAGUUAUUAGCUACUUUUUGAUUUUAAGGUUUUGUUGAUCACAAUUCAUUUUUACCAUGUCAAUGGAUAUAUAAAAUUCAUCAUUCAUUACAAGCUUAAGCAUCAACUCGAAUACAAAUUGUUUGUCAUUUUUGUCUUUUAUAUAGGUUGGAUGUUUAGAAGAUAUUUAUGUUCUUUCAAAUGUUUUAAGACCAACAACAAUUCGACCAAUUUUUUCAUAAUCAAUAUGAUGAACUUCGUUUAUUUAUAAUUUUUUUUAAACAUCCCUUUAUAUUACAUGAUCUUAAUAAUUUAAUCUUUUCAAGUAAAGAGAAAGAAAAAGAUAUUUAUUAUGUUUUUUUUGAAUUCUUUUUUUUUAUUUGAAGAUUUAUCAAAUCUCAACAAAUGAAAAAAUGUUUUGAAAGUAGCACAAAUGAUUCAAGUAAUUCGAAAAAUUGAACUAUUUUAUCAUCAUUCUUUUGAACAGAAUAUAGUUGAUAUUUCAGUUUUCACAGAAGAAAGGAGUUCCAAAGUGUUAGAUUUGAAGAAUAUAUUUGAUCAUGUUUCGUCUGAAUGAAUUCAUUUGUUUUUUUCUUUUUAAAUAGAAUGAAAAAGAUUCAUCAACAACAUCAAACACAGACAAAGUUAAAAAAAUUAAUCAUACACAAUUAGGUACUUUUGGAAAUUAUUCGAAUUAAUAUGUUCAUCAUAUCAAAUGCAUAAAAGUUUAUUAAAUUCAUCAGAAAUGAUCAUUAUUGUCUAUGAAAUCAGUUCUAAGUCCUAUUUCUACACAAGAUUUAUCAAAAAAAUUUGGAAGAGAAACACUUAAGAGAGUAUGCAUGGGAAUAUCGAGCAUCCGCCAAAUAGGCCAUAACAUGAUUUUUCCUAACACCCGCUUUUUUUUAUUUCAUUCGA